AUGCCAACGGGGGUGUGUUCUGAUUUUUCUUUGAAGUACAUAGAAAUCUUAGUUGAAUCCCAGACUACAGAAGUCUCGGCAAAAGCUCAAGGCAGCAAUUCAGCGUUUGAUGUCCUGAUGAAUGUGAACAGAGUAAAAAAGUAUGACUGGCUUCCAGAAAAAAAGGACGAUCCUAAGAACAGACAGGAGAAACUGUAUAACGAAAUCCUUGAUGUAUGUGUAACACAAUUCUCCGUUUGCUUCAAUGAAAAACAGAAAGAUGUUGGCAUGCUGAUUAUCAACACUCUAACUGAUGUCUGUUGGUUCUUGGACCCAUUCAUUGAGAGGUUUGAAAAAAGGUGCAUAAAUAUACCCAAAGUAUGGAAGUUUCAUGGGUUCAGGGAUUGGAGAUCACAACACAAGAAACCUCCACAGAUUUCAUCUGAAGAACUUGCCAAAAAAUCCAACGCACUGGCUAAAGUUUUAAUGCUGCCUUGGUGGUUGAACAGGAGUUUUUCUGCCUUCAAAGAUAGCGUGUCGGAACUUCUGUCUGCCAUGGAGUACUAUCAUAAAUCUCUGACUGAUCAACUGGAGAGGACACAAAGGAAUCACUACUCCUCAACCCCAGUGCGAUCAGUGGCUGACAAUUGGGGUCUUACUGUAAUUGAAGCUGAAGAAAUGCAAAGGUAAUUGUCCUUACUGCAUUCUGAACCCCCCACGCCUACCAGGUGAUGUGUUUGAAGGACUCCAUUUCUUGCCUGACCCAGUGUCGGAUGGGGACAACCACUACAAACCAUUUGCAGCAGUUUAUGGCACCAAGACCGACGACAAACAACGUCCAUCUCUAUCUCUGAAACCUGAGAUGACUGACCGGGAUA